GUUUUCGUAUCUUUUAAACCAUGGAUAUCAGUGGAAAUGCAUUCAUCGUAGGGGGUGGCAGCGGUAUAGGAAGAGCUUGCGCCCUUGGCCUUGCCAAAGACGGCGCUGCUGGUAUCCUUAUCGCGGACAUGAACGUUGAAGCUGCGGGCCGCGUCAUUGCUGAAUGCAAAUCUGUGGCAACCGCUAGCAACUUUCGUGCUGAGGCAAUCCAAAUCGAUAUCUCGCAGGAAGAGUCGGUGGCAAAGGCUACCAGCUACAUGGUUGAGACUUUCGGAAGGAUUGACUACUGCAUCAACUGCGCAGGGAUUGGCGUUCAGAUGCCACUAAACAUAGCUGAAGCAGACCUAGGCGAGUUCAGCCGCUUUCUUCGAAUCCAUGUGGAGGGAACGUUCCUGCUGGUGCGCAGCGCCUGUGCCGUGAUGCAACGCCAGGAACUGAAGCCGAUCGACGCCGCAAACCCGGGCCGAGGAGGGACUCGUGGCUCGAUUGUGACUCUGGGCUCGGGAAAUUCCUUCGCAGCAGCUCCUCACUUGGUGCAAUAUACGGCUGCUAAGCACGCGGUACUGGGUGUGACCAAAAACGCCGCUCUGGAUAACGCACCCUACGGAAUCAGGGUCAAUUGCGUCUGUCCCACGUGGGUGGAAACCCCGAUGAUCCAAAGUGCGCGGGACGGCGGCAUGGACAUUGACAGCUGGGUCAACAAGGUGGUGCCUUUGGGCCGGAUUGCUACUGCGGAAGAGGUGGCGGAUUCGGUGAUCUUCCUCUGCAGCCCGAGGGCCAGCUACAUGCUCGCCACAAGCGCUGGUUAUGUCAACACAUUCCCAGCUCCCGGUCUUCGACGCACCGUCCGACACAUCACUGGCCACAACGCUGAGGGCAAGGGCGUAUUCAUCAAGACUGACUGUGGUGACCACCACCGUGUAAUUGGUAACGACCAAGCUCUUGCCAACAUCAUCUACUCAACCAAGGAGACUCCCGUUGAGAUGAACGGCGAUGUUGACCUGAAGUUUGCUUUGGAGAACGAGCCUCCUCUGCACUACCACAACGGCUCUGUUUGCCGCAUGAUUGACUUUGCCCCUGGCGUUAUUUCUCCUAUGCAUCGUGCCGUGUCGCUCGACUAUGGUGUCGUUAUCGAGGGAGAGUUCAAGCUGAUUCUUGACUCUGGCGAGUCGCGAAUCCUGCGCCAGGGCGAUGUCAGCGUUCAGCGUGCCAGUGCCCAUCAGUGGGAGAACAUCACUGGCGGCGGUCUUUUGCCUGGUCGUAUGCUGUGGGUUCUGCUUGACUGCAAGCCUAUUCUUGUUGACGGAAAGCCACUUGGAGAGGAGCUUAACGAGCUUGCACCAUACUAUGAGAACCGAUAAGCGGGUUUUUAUUGUAUUAGGGGACUGCAUGUAUUCUUUAUAGAGAUUUUCUACACGUGGGCUAGUUAUUAAUGGCCCAGAAUUGAAUACUACUCAUCAAUUGCGCUAG